AUGAUAAUGAAAUACUAAAAUGUAGAAAUGUGAAAAAUGUAGAAAUAUGUGUACUAUUUAUUGCGAUCCUUAGAUCAUUCUAUAUACAUAUUCAUCUGCCAAGUGUAGAAUAAUGAAUCAAAAACAUUUUAGUGAUAAAUAACCGGUCCUUCUUUUUUUUUUCUUUUGAUAUAUAUGCCAUUCCCUUUCAAAAAACAAAACUAAUGUAUAUGCAAAGAAAAUAAUGAAAGUGAUUCCACGAGAAACUAAUUAACUGGCAAAGUGGGAACAGUGCAAAGGACCCAAAAUAUUGGCAAUUAUACGCACUUACGUAAACAAAUAUUCCAUGAACUAAAUUAAAAGAAACUUGAUAGAAAGCAAAAAUCUAACCAGUAGUCAUUCUACCCAACAGUGUCGGUUUAUCGUGAGUUCGUGACUCAUUAUUCAUUUACAUAUAUAGUUUAUACUUUUAUAGAACAAAGUAUUAGAAAGAAUUCGAUGCAUGAACCCCUCUCCUGGAGUUAGGCGACCUUACAUAAACUAUCCAAACUCCGCAAAAAUUUAUAAUACGAAAAAUUUCAGCCAUAACUAGAACAGUAAAAACCAGUGUGACCAUUUAAAUUUCUGUUUUUUUUUUAAUGAAUGUAAUUUAUUCAAUCAGUGCAACUGUUUUUUGUUUGUGUCAAAGAAUAAAAAAAUCUGAACUAAUAAAAAAUCUGAUCACUUGGUUUGGGACAAAACAGUGAUAGUAUUUUGAGGCUCACCGUUUUAUCUACAAACUUUGUCAAGCAGAUUACAAAAUUUCAAUUUUUUUAUUAUUUCUAAAUAAACAAAAAAUAUUGAAUAAAGCAUUAUUGCCUUUACGUCAACAAUGGCUUUAUUUUCUAUUUUUCUGAAACACAACUUAUUUUUCAUAACGAAUUAAACAUUGUCUGGUUACAUCAUAGAGAGGAGUUAAAAUUAACUCUACAAACAUUAUGAUUUUGUCCUAAAACAACAUGCAUAAGGAUGGGCCUGGCCUUAUGUUGAUAAAAUAACAGUGCAUUUUUAUGAGGAAGACAUGUAUGGUAAUUGACAUGACAAUGGGUAUAUAGUGUUGUAAAAAAAAAGGUAUAUAGUGAAGAACCAAAUGUCUACUUCCAUAAUUAUACGUUUUAAGAUUCAGGAAAAUGAAUCGUGCAUUCGAGUUCGAUUAAAGCAAUUUUGUUUAUUUAGUUAGGCUAUGUGAAAAUCAAAUACGUAUUCUCAAAUGUGUAGAUUGACUGUUUUGUGCAUCUUUUUUGGUUCAGUUGAUAAGGUAGAGAUAUUGGCCCCGUAAAUUCAGGGUAGGGUAUACCAGCUUUAUACACAAUAUACACUAACAUAUACGUAUAAGUUUCGUAGGGAGAAUAAUAAUCACAUCACAUCACAUUCUUUUGUCGUUGGCCCUAUAUAAAGAGAGAUAAACCAUGACAAUCAUAACAAAUCAUUCAACUGGAACAAACCUCACCAUAUCUCUAUUGCUACUACUCUCAAAUAUAAUCAAAUCAGAGAAAGAGGGAGAUUGUUGAUCUUAAGUUAGUAGCUAGGAUGCAGGAAGUAAAGAAUAGGGGUUGUAUGGAGAAGGCAAGGCCAUUCAUUUCAAUGGUAUUGUUGCAAGUAGGACUAGCAGGAAUGGACAUUCUCUCAAAAGCUGUCUUAAACAAAGGCAUGAGCAAUUACGUCCUUGUUGUUUACCGUCAUGCCGUUGCUACCGUGGUUAUGGCCCCGUUUGCCUUAUAUUUCGACAAGAAGGUAAGACCAGAGAUGACGUUAAUGAUAUUCUUCAAGAUCACACUUCUUGGUUUACUUGAGCCAGUGAUCGAUCAAAACUUAUACUACCUGGGGAUGAAAUAUACAACGGCUACAUUUGCAACCGCCAUGUACAAUGUCUUACCUGCAAUCACGUUCGUCCUUGCCUAUAUAUUCGGCCUUGAAAGAGUGAAACUAAGGUGCAUCAGGAGCGCCGGUAAGGUGAUUGGAACAUUGGCUACAGUUGGAGGAGCCAUGAUUAUGACUCUUGUAAAAGGUCCAGUUCUAGACCUCUUCUGGACCAAAGUAGCCUCAGCACAAAACACAGAUGGGACCGAUAUUCAUAGUGCUAUCAAAGGCGCAGUUUUGGUCACAAUUGGUUGUUUCAGCUAUGCAUGUUUCAUGAUUCUCCAAGCUGUCACGUUGAGGACUUAUCCAGCUGAACUCUCACUCACAGCAUGGAUAUGUUUGAUGGGAACAAUAGAAGGAACUGCCGUGGCAUUAGUGAUGGAGAAAGGAAACCCUGGCGCGUGGGCCAUUGGUUGGGACACUAAACUUCUAACAUCUACCUACAGUGGGAUAGUGUGCUCGGCGAUUGCAUACUAUGUUGGAGGACUGGUGAUGAAAACCAGAGGCCCUGUGUUUGUAACAGCUUUUAGUCCUCUUUGCAUGAUCAUAGUAGCGAUUAUGUCAACUGUCAUUUUUGCUGAGCAGAUGUACCUGGGAAGGGUUCUUGGUGCGGCGGUUAUAUGUGCAGGACUUUACCUUGUGAUAUGGGGCAAAGGAAAAGAUUAUGAAUUUUCUUCCAUGCCGCAGCUAAAUGAUGAAUCAACACAACCAAAAUUGGAACUAAGCAGAAACGGGGAAGAUAGUGUAAAUCAUGAAGUCAUUACUAUCAACAAUCAAGGAUAACAAAGGAGAACACAUUUGAAGAAACAGUCUAAUUGUAAUACAAUGUGGGCACAAUAUGUCUUGCGUGGAGGAGACGAGACGGAUACCACUUUCAUAUGUUGUUCACUA